AUGUGUGUGUAUUCAUCAGAGAACGAAUAAGCAGCGGAAUAGGCGAAAAGAAAAUCUGUGAAUAUAUUAAUUGCAAAAAAUCUACGCCUGGCAAAAUAAAGUGAAAUCUUGUAAUAAAAAACACAAAAUCCUUCUACGCAGAUUGUAAAUCAUUUAAAGAAGUGAUAUAUAUUCAUCUCUCAAACUCACAAUUGGAAGAAAACUUGUAAACCGAACCAAGUGUGAAGAAGUGGACGUAAAAGGAAGAAAAUAGCCAACAACCCAGGGAGUAAUAUUGAAAUAAAACAUUUUCCAAUUGGAAUCAUCUGUUUUAUCUAAUCUCGGAAAUUUUUUCGGACUUCUCACAAGAAAUAUCAAUAAGAAAUGGGUAAUGAAACAUCCUUGCCCAUGGAGAUGUGCUCCAACUUUGAUGCCGAUGAGAUUCGGCGUUUGGGCAAACGUUUUCGUAAACUCGAUUUGGAUAACUCGGGCGCAUUGAGUGUUGACGAAUUCAUGUCUUUGCCAGAACUCCAACAGAAUCCCUUAGUACAGCGCGUCAUCGAUAUAUUUGAUGCGGACGGUAAUGGUGAAGUCGAUUUCAAAGAGUUCAUUCAAGGUGUAUCACAGUUUAGUGUAAAAGGUGACAAACUAUCAAAGCUACGUUUCGCCUUUCGCAUUUACGACAUGGAUAACGAUGGUUACAUAUCGAAUGGCGAACUUUUCCAAGUUCUAAAAAUGAUGGUUGGCAACAAUCUGAAAGAUACACAAUUACAACAAAUUGUUGAUAAAACUAUUUGCUUCGCUGACAAAGAUGAGGAUGGCAAAAUUUCUUUCGAUGAAUUUUGUUCCGUAGUCGGUAACACAGAUAUACACAAAAAAAUGGUUGUAGACGUUUAAAGUCAUUUUUGAAAACGAUAUAAAUGCAACACUUUAUAUAAAAUUAUAUAUUUUAUAAACAUUUAUUAUUUUGGGAUUUUAUUGUUCUUAUUAUUUUUAUUGUUAUAUCUCGAAAAAAAAACUGUACACACAAUUCUUAUCAUAAUCGUAUUUUUAAAUAGUUGUUCCGUUGAAAAUGGGUUUUAAAGUUUUUUCAAGUAUAUUGAUGUGUUUUUUCAAAAUGUUUGCGUGCUCGCCAAACAUUAUGAUUGCCUGAAUACAUGAAACAAUAUAGAUAAAUAAAUAUAGAUAUGAAGGCAUUACAAAGGACACCAUAUAAAAUAAAGCGUACUUUUAACUAAACACUCUUAAAAUUAAUACAAAUCCAAGUGAAGGAAACAAAGAAAUCGUUGCAAACUUGUUAAAAACAGUACGAAUUAAUUAUUUAUUUCAAACGAUUAAAAUCAAGUAAAAAAUGAUACAUUAAACGCUGAAAAUAAAAAUGAAUAUGCUAAAAUUAAUGCAAUAUUGUAAUAUUAUAUAUAUAUACAUACAUACUUAAAUACACACAUAUAUACAUUAAGCCAAAAACACAUCCAUAUGAAUUGUAUAUUUAGUUGCAUCUAGAGCAAUAAAAUGGUAUAAGUAUUCUAAGAAAAUGUACAAUAUAUUCAUUUGCCAGAUAAAUUCAAGCAAAAUAAAACAAUUUGGAAUCACAUGUAAUAUCAAUGUGAUUUAUUUGCUAUUUAUUGUAAAACAGUCCUUUAUAUGAAAUAAUCUCAAAUCAAUUAUUAUUUGAAUAAUACGUAGCUAGUCAAAUACCACAAACAGAUCUUUUAAAAACGCUAAAUUAGUAAAAUAACAGAUACCAUUGGUUCAAACUGUCAUUGGUCAAAAAUUGUAUUUAAAAAUCUUUAUUAUGGUUUUUUACGAGUUAAAAUUAUUUUAAAAUGGAGCUGAAUAUUAUAACUGAUCAUGAAAUUAGAAUUCUACUUGAAAAUACUUUCCUUUGUGCCAUAAAAUCCGUUAAUAAUGAAAAAAUGUAUAAACAAGAAUUUGUGUCGAGUCUCGCACAGCGAAAAACUAGAAAAACAGCUAAUCAAAUAUUGAAAAUAUUUUAAUACUAACCAAAUUUUCGCCUAAUUGUUUACAUUUGGUUUAUAUUAAUUUUUUUCAGUCUUUAGUUAAAACUUUUUGAGUUUUCGUGGUUUGUUAUGCAUAAUUUUUAUUCGUGUGCGUUUGAGAAUAUGAUAACACUAACUAUAUAUUUAUUUUUUUUUUUUAUCAAAACAUGCACACUUUACAAAACCAUCAAAUUAGAGUAAAAAUGAGUGGUUGAACAAAAAUUAUGGAAAAGUUACGCGACAAGCGUUUAAAUCGAAAGUAACACAAUCUCUUGCAAUAUUAUAUGAAUAUUAUAAAUAUAUAAAUUUAAAAGCAAAUGAAAAACAUGAAAAACUUACUAAACAUCUCUUUAGCUUUUGUUAAGUACUUUGUAGCGAAUAUAUAUAAUAAUAUAAGCGCAAAAUGGCAAUUCGCAUACACAGUUAAAAUAAAGUCUUUUAAUUAAAACUUAUAUGAAAUGUAAUUGCCAUAUUUUUUCUUAAUGCAAAUGGAAUUAGAUAAAAUUAUAAUAAAUUGUAGUAAAUAAUGAAAUUUCUAAAGCUAAGAAAUUAUCAACAUGUGUUAAAAACUCAAAAUCUGCAUGUCGCUUAAGAUUUCAAUUGGAAUCAUGUUGUAAAACACGUAUUUGAUUUUUUAAUCCUUACUUAACAUUUUAUGUUUACAGAUUGAUAUUCCCCUAUUUAUAUGUAGGCGUGUGAAGUUCAACUUCAUUUCGUUCGAAUUUUUCUUUAUUUUAAAUCGAAUUGAUUGAAUUUGCAAAAUUGUAUAAAAAUAAAAUUAAAAAAAAAAUUAAUAUUCUAUUGUAACCUUUUAUUAUUUUUCUUCUACAAAACUAUUUCUGCCUUAACAGUAUGAAUCUUAAAAUCAAACAAUAAAAAUUCACACCAAUGUUAAUUGACACAUUUUAAGUGCGAGUGGUGGUAUGAAAAGUAAAAGA